AUGGACUACGCAGUCCCUCUCCUCCUGGCGCAGAUCUCUCUAGCCUCUGUCUUCAUUCUCUUUGCUUCUCGCCUUCUGAAGCAUCUUGGCCAGGCCAGCAUUGUUCCACAGAUACUGGGCGGUUUAAUACUAGGUCGAUCGUUUCUGGGACGGUUUGGUGGAUUUUCAGCACCGGUUUAUCCCUUAAAAAGUCUCAUAAUGCCAGAUACACUCUCCGUAUUUGGGUUCAUGUUCUACUUUUCCUUGAUUGGAGUACAAAUGGAUCCUUGGAUACUGCUGAAGGAAAUAGGUAAAAAGGAAUUCACCAUUGGCUUUUCCACUGCAGUCCUUGUUGUGGUACUAAGCAUCUCUUGCUCCAUCCUAAUUAUGGUUACUAAAAUCAGCAUGCCGCAAAAGUUAGCCAGCUCACUUCCUGUAGUGGCAACAACCUCAGCCGUGCUUGCCUUUCCAAUAGUUGUUCACUACCUGACCGAACUAAAGACGAUAAAUUCCGAGUUCGGCAGAAUGGCACUAUCUUCCUCAAUUAUCUAA